GAGGCCAUGGGUAUACCAAACAAUACGAUGUGGCUGCUGAGAUACCGUACGGUAGGUUAUUUCACAGACGCUUGCCCUCGAAAGAAAACCAAUGGAAGCUAGAUAGUAUGUUUCCAGUGCUUACCUACUGUACUUGGGAAGUCAAGGGACGCUAAUUUGGUCAGUUGCUUCCUUGGUAAGUUGUGUAGGCGGCAAGUUUGGCAGGCAGCCGUUACAGUAGACAGUCUCCAAUGGAAGGGAUUGAAGAUUCCUGUUGAGCUCGAGGCAUCGUGGUCGCACUUCUAGCUAGAGCUACAAGGUGUCGACUUGUGUGAAGCAUCCCAAGCAAGGACACAACGGUGUGGCGUCCCAGCAUUGUUUUCCCCUUGCUGCCACGGUUCCAUUUUUGAGAACCGACGUGAGGAGGAAGAAACGCACCAAAAAUCGCCAACCAGGGAAUGGCUGGCUUGCACGCUUUUCCGCACUCGCCUCCAACACCGUUGCCAAUUGCCAACGAUGGCAUCUCACCCAUUGGAGCGGCGCUUGGCGGCAGUGGAAGCCAAACUUGACAUUGGGAAUCAUCAUCCUUUGGCAAUGCAAAUGUACAAUGGAAAGAUCCAUCGACCAUUCUAUCGGCGAAGAGCUUCCAAACGAUGCAGUUUGCUACUAAUCAGUGUUGGCGCUUUGGCCUUGAUGCUCAACUUCUGGGGUCAACUCUUCAGCUCGAAACGCCGAGGGUUGAUUGUAGCCGAUGAUGGAAUGCAGCCCCCUAAUCUGCUACAAUUCACCAAGUCUCCCCCAGAAUACAAUAAGGUACAUCGCAAUACCACCUUUGUCGAUGCAGAAUCAACAACCGCCGCCUACUCGGACGGAGAAAAGAGAUCCUCUGGCGCCUGUCUUAUUACAAUGGAUGACAAUCAUUGGAUUCCUGAAUGGCUGGCCUAUCACUACCACACUAUGAAUCUUCGCUAUUUAGUAAUCGUCGUGGAUCCAUUGAGUGUGACAUCACCAUCGCGAAUCUUGCAACGAUGGGAAAACCAUAUUAACAUUGAGCAGUGGACUGAUGUAGAUAUAUUUCGAGGCAUGAACCAAACCACGACGGAUCCUGGAACGCCAGGGUCAGCCCGUUACGAUCACCACAAGGAACGACAACUGAUUUUUUAUCAAAAGUGUUUGCAAAAUUUCCAAAAGAGGGGUUUGGUCGAUUGGGUGCUUCCUACGGAUAUAGACGAGUAUAUAGGUUUGGUGCCGCGAACGUCCAAGGCGGCGGGUCGCAAUGCCAACUAUCUUGUGCCAAGCCUGUAUGAGCCUGGGAGCAUCCUCACGUUUUUGAACGAUGUCCAUAAAACCAACAAAGCCAAGUAUGCUCGUUUACCCUACCAUCCAGGCUGUGUGCCCGUGCCAAGACGACAAUAUGGCACAGUCAAGAGCACACGUCAGCAGGUGCAACAGUUCAUCCCGGAACUCUUCAAAGGAGAAAACUUUUUGACUCUACGAUGGCGUCACUGGAACAAUAAAAAGUCCAUGACAAUCAAAGUACUGGUGGACGUGUCUCGGGCAAACCUCCACAAUUUCCAAUAUGGAAGCGGCCAUGGGCUGUCGGUGCACAAUCCACUUCCAGAGUGUCUAGAUGCGCAAGAGAUGCCCUUUGACAUGUCCGACCUGGUGGUCUCUCACUAUUUGGGGACUCCAGAUCAGUUCUUCUUUCGCACUGAUAGUCGUCGCGGCAGCUACGCAUCCGGGAUGAAGAACCAGGACGGUUACGACAAUGCUGCAAAGUCGGAUGGUCGUGAAGAUGAUAGCCAUCGGUUGUGGUUCCCCGGCUUUUGCAAGAGUGUGGGACUGACGGAAGCGAAACGCCUAUUGCUGGAUGCGGGUCAGAUAAGCCCCGCGUCACUAAUGACGGCAGAAGGCCAAGCUAUAGCCAGCAAGGCUUGGAAUGCAGACUUUUAAGUUAUGUUUCAUGGCAACAACCAGGCAGGCAGAAGCAAGGGGGUACGCGCCAAGUGGACCGAAAGGGGAGAUUGUACGAGCAGGAGCGUAGAUACGAUGACAUCUCAGUAAAUUCUUCUGACUGGGGGUACCUACAAUGGGCUAGAAGGAUGGCGUUGAAAGCUCUCACCCUCAAUGACUCUAUGCAUAGAGGCAGCAGGCAGGUUCCAAGAAAGGAGGCCUUUAAGGUUGGAGCUGAGCUGAUAGCUAGCAUACGGUAGGGUUAGUAGAUGGCUACAUGGACAGUCGACAAGCUCCAAGCGUUUGGGUUUGCUACUGGGCUGCGCACAAGGUACUGUACCUGGUAACCCAAUAAAAUAGGCGUACUAGUAGGCUCCAAGAAUGGAGGCAAUAUCUUCAGGCUGGAGCUGAUGUGAGCUGAUAGCCACCUGACGCCACCAAGUCCCAGGCUUUUUCUAAAGGUUUGCUGGGUUGAAACAUUUAUUUAUUUGCCUUCAAUCUUCAGUGUGGCCCCUUGCCUGUUGGCUUUUGGCUUGAAAGAAGAUCACUGCUGUUCCUCAAAAGGAAGGGGGCAAAGUGAUGUAAAUACAUCUUUGCUCAAUAAUGGUUAAAACGAUGUCUCUGUUAAUUGUUCUUUCCCACAUCAAUGUCCUUGAAUCUUGCCUCAUCCAUGACUGUACGAGCUCUGUACGGUACAAUUAUU